CUUUUACAAAAGCUUUGAGGCGCGUACCAGGUGACCCGGAAGUUGCUCAGUCCACGCGAGUGUAGCAGAAUCGUUGCGGAUACGAAGUGAAAGGAUCCCGGUGAAGUCGAGCAGCAUACGAUCUGAGACGUCUGUUUUCAUAAACCAACAACCAUGAGUCUGUUAACAAAGCCCAAGUCGGAGAUGAGCCCAGAGGAGCUCCAGAAACGAGAGGAAGAGGAGUUCAACACCGGCCCUCUGUCUGUGCUGACCCAGUCCGUCAAGAACAACACUCAGGUUCUCAUCAACUGUCGCAACAACAAGAAGCUGCUCGGAAGAGUCAAGGCCUUCGACAGGCAUUGCAACAUGGUCUUGGAGAAUGUGAAGGAGAUGUGGACGGAAGUUCCCAAGAGCGGGAAGGGAAAGAAGAAGUCCAAGCCCGUCAAUAAGGACCGCUACAUUUCUAAAAUGUUCCUCAGGGGGGACUCGGUCAUCAUCGUGCUGAGAAACCCUCUGAUCACAGGAAAAUAAACUCUUGGUAGGCGUCCAGCUGGAUCGGUCACAGAGGCUCCCCUUUUCAUAUUUUUCCUUUUUUUCUUGACUGGUUUGAAGGCAGGGGACUCAGACUAAUCGAAACCCUGUUUGUUUGGUUGUUUUGUCGGUGGAUCACUGCAGUCACUAUUGUCGCAAAUCGUGUCAAACACAAUGUCUGUGCGUUGUUUUGUCACAAGAAAACCUGCUUUUGCGUUGUCAACAGAACUCCCCUGUAUUUUUCAUUUUAAUAAUAAAAGUGAUGGAUAGAUUAA